AUGGUAUAUGUAGGAGAUGAUGAUGAUGAUGAGUGGGCAUGUGUAGCACCAAAAAAUUUAGUCGCAGAUAAAGAAAAGUUAUUUUCGUCUUCCUCCUCCUCGUCAUCGUCAUUAUCACCUCCUUCUUCUUCUUCUUCUUCUUCGACGAUGAUUAAUUAUAGAGAAGUGAAAAUAAGAAUAACAAAGAAGGAAUUGGAGAAAAUUCUAGCUGGGAAAAUUGACAACAUGGAGAAAGUGACAAUGGAGCAAUUAUUGUCAGGAUUUUUAAACUCAAGCAACAAUAGUUUUGAUUCGUUUGAGAAUAUUCAACGACAACGAUCUUGGAGGCCUCGUCUUCAAAGCAUUCCUGAGGCAAAUUAA